CAUCUGUUUGAAGACCAGCUCACUGUGGGAAAGGCCUCACUUAGACUGAGUGGUGUGCAGCUGAGUGACCAGGGCCCAUACACCUGUGAUGUGACAGAUGAACAGGGAAGCACCCAAGAAAAGCUACAACUUCUAGUGGCAGCCCCUUAUGAUGAGCCUAGGAUAUCCAUCCAAGCCACUUGUGACGGCUUUGUUGUGACCCUCAGUGCCUCUCAGGGGUUUCCCCAGCCAGAGGUAGUGUGGAAAGGUGUGAUGGGCAGUACCAACAUCACUAUGGAGUUAGACAGCAAGGGGCUCUAUGAGCUGAAGAGUGAGGUGACACUGUGGUUGAACAGCACUCUGACUGUUACAGCCGAGCUGAGACUGAGAGUGCUGGACCAGAGUUUCACCAAGUUUCUCACACUCCAUCCACCACCAAGUAAAAUAUCAGGGUUCCAAGUGUGCUAUGUGAUGCCUGCUGAGCAGAGGAGCAGAUUAUUGAUAUAUCCCCUGCUGCUAAUGCUGCUGGGAUUGGUGCUCCUGUUAUCCUGGAAGAGGUCUGAGCAGGAGACCAAAAAGGAUAAGAAAACAGAAGAAUAGAAUGGCCUUCGGUCCAUGGUCACUCAACAGGCUUUAUGCCAGAGCAAUUAUCAUUGCUUGUUUACAGAGAAAACAUAAAGGGAGGACAGACUUUUAAACUAAUGUACAUUUUAAUAGAAAGUAAUUUUGUAAAAUCGGAACUACAAUACAUUAUACACAAAGUUCAACACAAUACAAUGGGAGUUGCACACCACAACACUAGAUGGUCAUAUGUACAUCUGCUCCAAAUCUGGUUCCUCUUAAGGUUUUUUCCUUGUAGGGAGUUUUGACUUACUGCUACUUGCUUAGGGAUUUAGCCCAGGCCCAGGUAAAUCACCUUUUAUAUCCACAGUUGUCUUACUGGGCUUUAUAAAUUACAUGUAUUUAAUGAUUGAAACGAUGGCAGCUAUAGCGUCUAAUGAAAGUUGUUAUGUGUGUUCCAGGCAAUGUACUUUCCAGAAUGUUUUAUAUUUUUUAUAAAAGGAGAUGAAUUGUGAUGUCUUUAUGCUAAAUCUCUUUUACAGGAGAGAACUGGCAUGUUGGCAGUAUACCAGCAGUACAGGGAGAGUGUAAUUUUCUCCUGUAACAUUUCUUUAUUUACUAGUGACAUGAAACUAUAGUUUUAUUUCAUUACACCCAGAGCAAAUCAUUUUGUUUUGGUGUUCCAGUGGGAUGCAGAGGGCGACAUUGAUCAAAGCCAGGGGAUUUCUCAUUCUCAUGUGCUUAGACUGCACAGGGGAGAAUUCCAAUUCAUGUAGAUGCACUGUGAGUAGCCUGGAUUUGUUUUCCACUGUAGCAGCAUGAUCUACAGUACCCAUAAUCUAAAAAGCAGAAAGAUAGUCCAACAUAGCCUCCAACAGCUACUCUAUAGUUGACCAAGCUACCAAUUCCUUCUCACUGGAAGACGUUAGGCUACACUAGCAUGUAUUAUGUUUUGUUCAUUUAUUAAAUUAUUCACUUCCUGAACUUGCUUCCCGACAUCCCAGCGCACACGUUACAAGGACCGGGUUUGGGGAACCCUAAACCACACUUAAAGAGAUUCUCCUGUACUUUUUUAACCAGUAGUUCUGAACGUAGCACUCACAAGCUAAAAGUGGCCCCUGAACAUUGCGUACGCCAUCACAAAUGUGCAGGUAUGUGCACCACGUCAUUGCUCUCUCUGCUGUAUCAACUGAGCCAUUGGGCCUCCCUGUAACCUCAUUGGAUAAUGCUGGGCAGUCCUCUUGCUAGCUGCCACUCAAGUGCGAGGGGCUAGAACUCGAAUUGCUAAGGGGCUGGCCCACAUGCAGGGAUAUGUAGAGAAAAUGGUGCAGAGCUUCAAGAAAACAGUCGCUUUCAAACUAGGGAUUUCGUGGCUAAUUGAAGUUAGACAGUAAGUCUGCUCAUAGAUUAUGCAUGAAUGAACUACAUUGACUGUCACACCUUGAUCAGUUUCACCUGUCCUCGUUAUUGUUUCCACCCCAUCCAGGUGUCACUUGUUUUCCUCAGUGUAUUUAUCCCUGUGCUUCCUGUCUCUCUGUGCCAGUUCGUCUUGUAUGUUCCAAGUCAACCAGCCGGUUUCCCGUACGCCUGCCUUUGCGAUUCUCUUUUUUCUAGUCCUCCCGGUUUUGACCCUUGCCUGUUCUGGACUCUUUACCCGCCUGCCUGACCAUUCUGCCUGGCUUGACCACGAGCCUGACUGCCACUUGGUACCUCUUUGACCUUUUGCCUGUCCACGACCAUUCUCUUGCCUACUCCUUUUGGAUUAUUAAACAUUGUAAGACUCCAAUCAUCUGCAUCUGGGUCUCGCCUUGUGUCAUGAUAUUGCCACAUCCAAAGCGGCAGGUUAAAAAAAUACUUUCUUAGUCGCCAAAGUAUCAAAGCAAGUCUUUAAGAAAAAUAUAGUUUACCUAACUAGUUACUUUGAAAAAGUAGUUCACUACAUCAAAACUACCUCGUGAGUGAACGGGGGCUGUCUCAGGUUGAUCUCUGUACAGAUUUAGAAACAGUGAAUGAUGUAAGAGGGGCAAUAGUAGAGGCCUCAAAGCAGGUGACACACACAGGUACAGGGGGGAGAAGGAGAAUGCCAGUUCCCUGGUGGACUGAAGAGUGCAGAGAAGCUGUAAAGAGUAGGUGUUCCUUUUGUCCAGGUGGGAAAGGGCAGUGUGGAGUGCAAUAGAGAUCACAUCAUCUGUGGAUCUGCUGGGGCAGUAUGCAAAUUGGAGUGGGUCUAGCGUUUCUGGGAUAAUGGUGUUAAUAUGAGCCAUGACCAGCCUUUAAAAGCCCUUCAUGGCUACAGAAGUGAGUGCUACGGGUCAGUAGUAAUUUAGGCAGGUUAUCUUGGUGUUCUCUGCUUGAAACAUGUUGGUAUUAUAGAUUCGGUCAGGGACAGGUUGAAAAUGUCAGUGAACACUUGCCAGUUGGUCAGCGCAUGCUCAGAGUACACGUCCUGGUAAUCCGCCUGGCCCUGCGACCUGUUUAAAGGUCUUACUUACUUUGGCUAUGUAGAGCAUGAUCACACAAUUGUCCUGGAACAAAGAAAAAGAAAGAACUUUUAAAAGAAUUAAUGGAAAAAAACUCUAAUAUACCUUGAUUAGAUACAUUUUCACUCCUCUUAGUCAAUACAUGUUGGAAACACCUUUGGCAGCGAUUGCAGCUGUGAGUCUUCUUGGGUAGGUCUCAUAAGAGCAGAUUUAUGUCAAGCAUACUGUCAUGACGUUGCCCUCUUUGGGUAUAGCAAGCCCCACCCCCCUCUCCCUGCCUCCCCCUUUCCUCCUUCAACUAGGCUUCUGUGGUUAGAGAGACGUCGUAAAUUCCUGAGGAUCUCCUCAUGGACACAAUAUAGAGAGAGUAAAUUUUCAUAGAGAACAAAGGAAUUUCUUCCACCUCACAGAACUUGAGGUACGAAUAAAUGUCAUGUUCCGGAGAAAGUAUAAAAGAUCGGUGAAGAAUUCAGCUAUGAACUGGUCCGUUUGUUGAGCUUGGGGAAGCUCAUGGGAGACGUUGCGGCCACAUUACCAUAACGCUGUUUAUAUAAUAGCCUCAGAUAUGAGGUUUACAUCUAAUUGAUGUAUAAGAUGAAUGAGUGAGUAUGAUACUGUUUUUAAAAUUGUGUAAUAUGAUUUUGGACUGUUUAAUGAAGGAAAAUACAAUUCCCUUUUGAUUUGAACUAAAUCAGAGGACCGCCCCUGAGCCGAGUUAGGGUCAGGCAUCCUGGGACUGUCACGCCUUGGUCAUUGUAUUUUGUGUUUUCGUUAUAUAUUUGUUCAGGCCAGGGUGUGACAUGGGUUUAUUGUGUUGUCGUAUUGGGGUUUUUGUAGGCAUUGGGAUUGUGGUUGAUUAGGGGUGUGUCUAGUUUAGGCUUGGCUGCCUGAGGCGGUUCUCAAUCAGAGUCAGGUGAUUCUUGUUGUCUCUGAUGGGGAACCGUAUUUAGGUAACCUGGGUUUCACUGUGUAUUUCGUGGGUGAUUGUUCCUGUCUCUGUGUAGUGUUCACCAGAUAGGCUGUAAUUAGUUUUCACGUUCCGUUUGUUGUUUUGUAUUUAUUUAAGUUAUUUCAUGUAUCGCUAUCUUCUUCAUUAAAGACAUGAGUAACCACCA